CUGAGUCAAGGAGCAGAGGGCUGGGGCAAACCCACCUUGCCGGGCUGGCUUAGAGGGCCACUCUGAACAGAACCCUGGCGCCCAACAACAUCACUGUGUUUAUCCGUGGACGCACCAUUCUGCAGUACUCGGAAAGUACUUUCAGAACGGCUACACCUACGCACUACCUAAAACAAACCUACUAAGGAAAGUUCAAGAUUUAUUUAGUCCUUCUUGAUCUUAGAAUAUACGUCCCACUGUAGAUGCUUGAGCUGGGCUUUGGUGGGUGAACAGGAGUCUGGUGGAAGAAGGGGACAAGAGCAGCAGACAGAGGGCCAAGCACCUGCAGAGGGCUGGGGACAAACGUGUGUGGUGUUGUCCCCAGACUCCCACUGCAGCAGGAGAGGAGGGGACGAAGAUGGAGGGGAGUGUGUGGUGGUGGGUGUGAGUAGUGGCUUGGAAGGGCUUUGAAUGCCAGGCAAAGAGUUUGGGAUUGAUGUGGCAGGCACUGGGGAAGUCCACGAGGCACUGGGGUCUAGGAAAUGUGGAGGACGAAUUAGCUAAUUGGUGGAGGUGUCUGGGGCAUCUGAGCCAGCAUAGUGGCUUUGCAGCUGUUCUCCGCCCCCACCUCAGUUUUAUCAUCUGUAACACGGGUACAAAGUGGCCCCACUCCCAGGGCUGCAGGGAGGCUCCCCAGAGGCUGCACCUGGCUUCUGGAGCCCGCCCUGUUCUGGGACAUGUCUAGGCUUCCUGUUUCUCUCCUGUCGGGGGCAGCUGCAGCCUCAGCUUCAAAAGGACAAACACGCUCUCAGAACGGAGGAAGUCAGUACUCCCCUGCACUGCGGAGGAAGCAGGAAGCCGCUGGCCUGCUCUGCAAGCCCAGAAGCCAGAGCACACGAGAGCACAGGAGGGACAGGGACAGCGGGAUGGAGUCUGUGGCCCUGUACAGCUUCCAGGCCACAGAGAGCGAUGAGCUGGCCUUCAACAAGGGGGACACGCUCAAGAUCCUGAACAUGGAGGAUGACCAGAACUGGUACAAGGCCGAGCUCCGGGGAGCCGAGGGCUUCAUCCCCAAGAACUACAUCCGUGUCAAACCCCACCCGUGGUACUCGGGCAGGAUUUCCCGGCAGCUGGCAGAACAAAUCCUGAUGAAGCGGAACCACCUGGGGGCCUUUCUGAUCCGGGAGAGUGAGAGCUCCCCGGGGGAGUUCUCUAUCUCCGUAAAAGAUGGGCAAAUGAGGACAGACAGGGUCUGCCCAGUGGAGAUCAUCCAGCAGGCAUUUAGCACCUGGGUCUCUCCCAGGCUGCCACCAUCACCUUUGCUGUCAUCUGUCAUCACAGCCACUGCCGCCACCAGGCCAGAAAAACCCGCUGGGCAGGACCUGAUACUGCCAGUACCAGGCCUGACUGGGUCCUGGGGCUUUUCUGCCAGCCCAGCAGCCGCCCAGCCCCUCAUCCCCCAAGUGUGGGGGUGAGACACAGAUGAACACACGCAUACUGCUCACAGAGACACAUACGAUCACCCCCACAGAGCGGGGAGAGAUACACCCAGACACAUGACCACAGCAUUCUGGAACAUACACCAGACACGAUGGAGAAAAGACACACACAGACACACAGAUACACAGAUACACAGACAGACAUACACACACACAGACACACAGAUGUAGAUAUACACAGACACACACACAGAUGCAAACACAGAUAGACAGACACACAUGGACACACACAGAGAUAUGCAGACACACACGCAUAGACACACACAGAUGCAUGCAUACAGACACCCCAGCUCCAGGUGUUCCCUCUGCCCUGCCCAGGCUCAGGCCCCGGCUCCUGCUCCCUGCCAGCCUCCCUUCCGUCCUCCACCUCAGGAGGCUCACCCAGCAGGCAGGGUGGUCUGCGCUGAUUCCCUCCCUCCCAGAGUGGGGUCAUCUGAACUUAGAUUCCACUCCUGCUGCCAUGCCCCGAAGCUCUCCAGGACCAGGGAUGGGGGCCGAGAUCUGGAGAGUACCAGAGGGUGGCCCCUGAUCUGAGGGGUUCUCAGUGCUUCCCUGAGGAGCUGGGCUAUACCCGGACCUCAAGGAUGGCCCAGGCCAAGACCCAGCAAGGAAAGGGAAAGGCCCUCCUGGUUAGGGGCCCAGUGUGGGCCAGGGCCAGACAGACAGAUGUUGAACUGUCAGUCUUCGAUGGGGAGAAGCCCCGCUGGCCUCAGAUGGGGCUGUCACUGGGCAGGGGGCGGGGGGUGGGGGCUGGCAAGCAGCAGCAUCGUAGCACAGCUACUCGGGGCUGUGGGCCCCACUCUCCUCACCUGUAACACCAGGCAUAGGGCCAGAUGGGAGGGGGACAAAACCUGUCAUUUUCUGAGCACUUGCUUGCGCAGGUGUAGGUGAGGGUGGUACCACAGGUUUCCCAGACUUGCACGUGCUCCUGCUCUCAGAUCCCGAGCCCUGGAAUGCUGGGACCCGUUGCUCUGUGUGUUCAGGCUCAGGAUCCAUUGCCCCCCUGCUCACAGGGCUGCAGGCUCCCUUUGGAGUGUGGAACUAGUCUGACAGGCAGCAGCGGGUGGGUGGACUCAGAGCCCUGGUGGACUCAGAGCCCAGGGUCAGGGUCCACAGGAGAGGGUUCCAAGAGCAAAGCGUCUCAGUGAGACUUGAGGCUGGGGCUCUCCCAGCUGGGCUGGGCCCAGUUGCCUGCGUACAAGCUGGGGCCAACUGCUGCCUCCCUGCCUGGUUAGUGUCUGGUAUGCAAGCCAGUAAGAACAGCGGUUUACAAAGGGUUGAGGAAUCAUGACAUUCCCAACUCUGAUUUUGGGCCUCAGAGAAGGCUUUUCAGAUGGGCCAUUUUACCUGGGCCUUGAAGCAUGAGUAGGAGUUUGACUAGAGAAGAAUCUCUUCCAGGUGGAGGAAAUAGUGUGGGCAAAGGCCUGGAGGUGUGUUAGGAAGUGGAGAGGGAGCUUCUGUGUGGUUUGGAGCCCUUAACUCCAGGAGACUGGGGGACCCUUCUUUGCUCCCCACACAUACUCUUGAACAAAUCUUUAUCUUAAGUCCUUAACAAGGCAACGCACCAGCCCCAGGGCUGAUGGUAGAGGAAGUGAGCCACAGACAAGGAUGGGUCAAGAGGGAGCAGCAGGCCUGUACAGCUGGGACUGCAGACUCAGGCCACGGGCAAGCCCCAGCUACACACACUGUCCAGAAUGGUUUGACAAAAUUUUGAUUUAGAGCCCAGAGGCAGCUUUUCACCAUCAAGUUUUGGGAUGGGGUAGGUUCUCAUCGGGCCCAAAUGUGAACAAAACGGCCAUCUCUGCCCUGGGGGGAUGCCCUCCACAACACCCAAGAAGCAGGUGUUCCUACACUGGUGCUGUCCUGGUUGGGUAGUGAGGCCGCACCAUGGGCCACUGCCCCUCACAGCCCAAGCCCAGCCAGGUGCCCAGGGCAGCCCGCUGACUGGCACUGCAGCUUCCAGAGCCCCAGGCCUCCCUCACUGUGCCCCACCCCUGACACAGAGGUCACCAAGGCUGGAGAGGGUGAGCUGGGCUGUGGGUCCGGCUAGUUUGCCUAUGGAGGGAGCGUGGAGAGGGAGCCAAGCCCAGGAAGCAGCCUGGCGGCGGACUGGACUUGGAGCUACAUGACCUGGGCAGGACUAGCAUCACAGUGCAAAUGAUUAGCACUGCUACUGUCGUAAAUGAUCACCAAUACGAAGUGUCAGUGUUGCUCAGAGUCAGCCCCAGCUCCACUCUUCUUGCUGUGACUUCAAGCAGCUCACAGCUGUGCUCCGGGCCUCAGUUUCCCUACCAUACAAAGGGUUCAAUUGGCUCCUCCUGGGCCAUGAGGCAGGCCAGCCGCCCUGCAGGAGGGAGGGGCUGUGAUGGCUGUGUCCCAACCCACAUGGCACCACCUCCAGUCCAGUCCUGAAGGGCUUGCCCUGGUAUGGGAAGGCAGGUUCUGCCCAGCUGACCAUGGUGGGAGAGGCAGGCCUAGAAGGUACAAGGAGGUUUGUUCUCAGCAGAGACCAUGGUCUGGGCAAACACCAGGAGGUGGGGAGAAAGGGCCCAUUGACUGAAUCACAGACUAGAGGAAGGAUAUAAGGCUGGACACAUCAUUGGGGCCAAAUCUUGAGCCUGAGGCCAAGAUUUUAUCCUGAGGGCAAUGGGGCCGCACAAGGUUCUUGACAUGAGGCAUCCAACAUGACAGAGGUCCCCUCUCAGCAGCGGGACGCUCUUAGGACUCGCUCUCCAAGAGAUCUGGGGGCAGCGAGGGCGCAGGGAAAAUGUCAGGGCUGAGGGGGACAUUGAAGAGAUGUGAGCGGAGAUGCCAUCCAAACCCCACUCUCUGAGUUGCCUGUUUGCUGUUGCAAAUAAACCGUAGUCAGCAUUUUCCAAGUUGAGAUCCAGUGAGGUGAAGUUACACAGCAAAAAAGCAGCCAGGUCAGGGGCCUGGUCCACAGCCAUCCUCCUCUGCCAGGCAUGCGCACCAGGUCUCAGGUCAGGCCAGCCAGUGGGAUCUCGGGCCCUCCCCUCCCCUCCCUUCCCCUCCCUGCCUGCACUGUAGCCAGACACCAGGCCUGAGAGAGGCUUGCUUCCAGGUGGUGGUGGGGCAUAUGGCCCUGGGGAUCUGGGGCUCUGUGGGCACUGGGAGAGACACUGGACCCAUCUGAGGCGGCCUGGUCCUUAC